AUGAUUUUCGAUGGUGCCGAUGAUUUGGAAUCGGUUCGCCUCUCGAGAUACUUCCCCAGUUGUCCUUGGGACCACAUCAUAGUCACAAGCCAAGACCAGGCUGCUGUCGGUCUUGUUGCUCCAGCCGGGCAGGCAAUUGAGCCCCUUGAAGAAAAAGCCGCCAUUGGGCUGCUUCUUGAAAAGGCAGCUCUUAGUGAACCUUCUUUGGAUGAUAUCAAACAAGCGACUACCAUAGUACACAGUCUGGGAUGUCUUCCGUUGGCUGUUGACCAAGCAGAUGCCUCCGAAGCCUCACACCUUCUUAUCCUAUUCUCCUUUCUUGAGGCUGGAGUGAUAUCGGAAUCGAUGCUCCUCAGAGGGUGCUCUCCCAAGAAGGUUUGGGGUCGCAAUGGUGAGAUGGCAGAGGUUAGUCCCGCCGAGGCAGGGCUGGAUUCAGAACUUGUCACCCUUCUCAACAAUGAAAUGCAACUUGAUAACGCAAUUGAACAACUCCUUGCAUUCUCAUUGAUUGAAAGUGCCAAUUCCGUUCAUGAAAGAAGAGCUUUUGGCAAUGUUGGACGCGAAAUGUUCGCUCAUGUUCCGCGCAUACUGAAAAAGUUUGACCAACUUGGACCUGAUUGCAGCCAAUACUCUAGGGUCAAGCAAGCACUUUGUGUGUUAUUAAUUUCCGCUGCAAGGUUUCAUUACAACCCCUGGAAGCGUGAAUGCAUUCACAGAAUCAAGGGUCUCCUAAAUGACAAGCAUGACUCUUACCUAAAAGCGCAGGCGGUCUUCACGGAUGCUCUUGUCCGGUGGUACCGUGCAUUGGGCAUCGUGGAGAGGUCCGGAUGGACCGAAGGGUUCAAUCAUGGGGUUAUCCUGUUCUCUAUUGCUCAAGUGCUCAUUCGAACUGGGAAGCUUGUUGAAUGCCAUUCUGCUCUUGAGAAUGCACAAAAGAGCCUGGCCGCUGAAGAGCGAAAAUACUGGAUCGUGGGUCUUGGCUCUUACUGGUACGAUUAUGUUGUGACUUCACUCGGCAAGGCUGGUCCAAGCCCCGUGGUCAUGCGAGACAAAGAAGUAAACGAUGCUCUUAUCAAUCAAAUCUUUGGUCGGGGAGAAACAAAUGCAUCUUUGCAGAGAAUGGCUGAUGGGCUCUAG